CCCACUUGGGGUUUAUCUGUCUCAGUGUUCAUACACUGAACAACACACAAUCUCACCUCUGACCUCUCACACACCUGAGUCCACACUGAGUCAGUCACCGAGUCACCAACUUAGGGUUUCGGAAACCACCUCCCACGGCAUGAUCUCACCUUCUCCCCUUGAAAAAUGGUUUCUGGGCUCCCCAUCUUCAGCUGAAGCUGGCACAGGUGUUGGUAUGUUGCUGUGAGCUGUUUUUGGACAUACAGCCAAGGAGCAUAGGGCUUUAUUUUGUGGAUCUCAAUGUUGCCAAAGGGUUAGUGGAACUAUGGACUGUCUACAGAUCAUUACUCGUCAUAAGGGUUCUUUGUGCGGCCAGUUCUUUUUAUUCACCAUCUGGUUAUCCAGUUUCCAAGAUGUAGUGGGACUGCUGACACUUGUUGAGUAUAGUCAUGUAUCUUCCACGACUGAGCUAGCAAAACCACCUAAUACUGAUCUCUUUGAACCCAUAGAAAUAUCACCUGCUGUUUUUCCACAUCUUCCAUCUCCUACAGAAUCUUUUCCACCAAUGUAUCCAUCCUUUCCGGCUACAUAUGAGCCAGUCUUGACAGGGAAAUGCCCUGUAAAUUUCUCUGCUAUUUCAAGUAUCUUGAACAAAACAGCAUCUGAUUGUUCUCUACCUUUGGCAUCUCUUGUCGGAAAUGUAAUAUGUUGUCCACAGUUUAGUAGUUUACUCCACAUCUUUCAGGGUUACUACAGCACCAAUUCUGAUAAAUUAGUUUUGCAAGAUGGAAUGGCUAAUGAUUGUUUUUCAGAUAUUAUUAGUAUAUUAGCCAGCAGAGGAGCAAACAGUACAAUACCUACAAUUUGCUCUGUGAAGUCAUCAAACCUUACGGGUGGGUCUUGUCCUAUAAAGGAUGUAAGUACCUUUGAAAAAACAGUAAAUACAAGCAAAUUAUUGGAGGCCUGCAGCACUGUUGAUCCUCUUAAAGAGUGCUGUAGGCCAGUUUGCCGGCCCGCAAUUAUGGAUGCUGCAGUUCAGAUCUCAGUAAGACAUUCAGUGAUGAGUGACAAUAAAAAUAUAUUAGGGGAAACUAGUCAUGUUGACGUUCUUAAUGAUUGUAAGGGAGUGGUAUCUUCAUGGCUUUCUAGAAAACUCUCAUCAGAUGCUGCAAAUACUACAUUUCGAAUAUUGUCUGCCUGCAAAGUUAACAAAGUUUGCCCUCUGAAUUUUAGCCAGCCUACGGAUGUGAUUAAAGCAUGCCGUAACAUUGCUGCACCAAGUCCUUCCUGCUGUAGCUCAUUAAAUACAUACAUUGCGGGGAUACAGAAACAAAUGUUAAUCACAAAUAGACAAGCAAUAAUGUGCGCAACAAUGUUUGGCUCCAUGUUGCAAAAAGGUGGGGUCAUGACAAAUAUUUAUGAGCUUUGUGAUGUUGAUCUGAAAGAUUUUAGUCUUCAAGCAUAUGGACAACAAGGAUGUCUACUUCGAAGCUUGCCUGCAGAUGUGGACUUUGACAAUUCAACAGGCUUCAGCUUUACGUGUGACUUGAGUGAUAAUAUUGCAGCUCCAUGGCCUUCAUCGACCUCAAUUUCGUCCUUGUCUCUUUGUGCUCCGGAGAUGUCACUGCCUGCUCUACCAACAUCGCAGACUUCAGGAAAUUCUGGCUGUGAUGGUGGUCGGCUGAAAUUCCUUGUAUCCAUUUUUUUGUUUUUUGUUCUCAGUACACUGUUGUGCUGAAGAGAUUUAGCUUGAGGGUGGAGCCAGUUUGGAUUAGUGGGGUUUUGGAGACUUACUUUGUGUGGCCAGAUUCGUGUAUAUCUUUUUUGGAGUAGUCCUUCUCGCAUGUAUAGUAGCACUUACUUUUUUCCGGCUUAUUUAUUCUUGAUUCGUUUUGUUGCUCAAA